GGUGGCAGCAGUAAAACCGCUGGAAGUGUGUUGUCCGUAGUAUUUGAUCCUUCUGGAAAGCUCCUGUGGGCUGGAGAUGAUCGUGGUUACAUUGUAUCAUACCUCUUUGAUCUGCACUCUGGAAGAUUAACUAAAGGAAAAAAGAUACUUGUGAAUGAAAACUGUGCCAUUACAUGUCUUUCUGCUCGUAACUGGGCAAGCAGAGAAGCAAGGGAUCCAUCUCUACUGGCAAACUGUGCGGCUGAUGCUGUUCUACUUUUCAGCAUCAUACGGCAAGAUGGUAGUUUAGAAUUGAAACGGAAAUUUCCAGUCAAACACCGUUCUCAGCUUGCAAUGAUUAGAAGUUCUUUUUGCCCUAUUAUGUCAUUUCGGCAAGGAGCAUGUAUUGUUACAGGAAGUGAAGAUACAUGUGUAUAUUUUUUUGAUUUGGAACGGGAACAAAAGCCUUGUGUCAAUAAGUUACAGGGCCAUUCAGCAACUGUUAUUGAUGUUUGCUUUAAUUACGAUGAAAGCCUUUUAGCAUCAAGUGAUGCCCGUGGAAUGGUUAUUAUAUGGAAAAGAGAGCAGCGAUGAUCCACAUUUCUAAUUUAUAUGUAUUCUUGGAAAUAUCUAAUUUUAAUUAUAAUUUAUAUCACAAUGGAUUUUAAUAAAUGUAAUAUUUAUGUAAAUAUUUUUAAUUAAAUAGGAAAAAAACAUA